UCCAAACCUUAAGGCAGUUAAGCCAGUUAAGGUGUCUGAUUUCAGAUGAAUAAUCUAUGAAGUUAACGGUACAAGUUAUUUCUUGUUAAAUGAGGAUAUGACGUGAAUAUUUCAAAAAGCAAGGGACUGAACAAGCAGCUGAACAAGCGCGAAUUUACUCGGCCUUUGUACAGCUGUUGUAAGACCUUUUGACAGGCGUUAAGUGAUGCCACAAGAGAGUUCAAACAUGAAUGAAGUGGAUCCACAGCAGAUAGAAAAAUGGGAGAAAAAUCUUAGUGAAGAAGAGAGAGCUAAACUGGCUCUCAUAGAGUGGAAGAAUGAUCAGAAAUAUGACUUCAAGAGUCCUCUAAUGCAGUAUCCACAACUGGGGAUAGGUCUUGGUGGACUUGCUCUUAUUGUUAUUGGUAGAGCUCUUUACUUCAAACCUUAUCAAAGAAGCAUAGCAAGGAAAUAUGGAAAAGUUGAGGUAGCCCAGUAUCUUGUACAGACUAGGAUGUAUGCACAAGGGUUUUUUGUUAUAUGUGCCAGUUCUAUCAUAGCCAAGCCUGUGUUUGAAUAUCUUUGGAAAAAAUAUGUAAAAAAGGACAGUGCAAAGAAUGUUUUGCCUUCUAGUCCUCAAAAGCCACCUUCCUAACACUCCUAUGAUUUUAAAUUAUGUGAAAAAAAACCCAUUAAAUUUGUCAGGAAAUCACAAUGGAAUUUUAAUAUAUGAAUGCUAUAUUUAGUAGAGCUGGGAUGAUUUUUAAUACAUUGAUGUAUUUUGAUACAAGGUUCUACAAUAUGUAUCUUACACCUUAGCCAGUAUCGAGUAUCUUUAGUCUGUUAUGGUUUUAUAGUGAAAACAAGGUAUUCAUACGUAGUAAAGCUGUUAACUUGGCUUAUGAAAUAAGAAAUAAAAAAAGUAUGAGGAUACUUUUUAUCUUAUUAAAAUGAUCAAAUGAAAUGUGAAUUUUUACCAAAUUUUUUAAUAGGAAAUGAUACAGUGUAUAUAUGAUAUGUUGCCAGUGUGUCUAGAUACAUAUCAUAUGCAGAAACCUAUGCUGUCCUAGCCCUGAUAUAUUAAAUUUAUAAGUUAUUUCUGUUGUAAUAGAUAAACCACACAAGACUCUUUAGUCUCUAAAUCUUUAUAUGCUACCUUUUGUUGAAGUGGAUCUUCGUUGUUUUAAAUCAAAUUUUUAAUUAGACAUUUUUUUAACAGUACAAGCCUUGUAUUGAAUCAAAUACUGUAUACAGGGUUAUUUUGGCCCUGUAUAAUUUUUCCCCUCUCACACUCCAAACAAUUUUGCCUCAUUUUAAAUUCACCCAGACACAGUUUUAUUAACAGAUAAUGCCAUUUCUUUUAAUUCACUCAGUUUUAAAUUCACCCAUUUGCGACGAUGGCAAAAAGAGGGAAAAAUAAAACAAGGGAAAAUUACCCUGUAUUCAGUACAAUGGCAGCUCUCUAAUAUAUUUGUUCUGUUAGUAUGUUCAUUGACCUUGUUACCAAUAAAUGGGAUUUAGCUGUUUUUAUUUCUUGUCAGGGAAGGUAUCCAUUUUGCAUCACAAACAAACAAGGUGACAUAAGUUGAACUCCUUAAGGUUCAUCAAUACUCUGAUAAGAGAGAUAACUCUUAAUGACAUACUGUAAACCAACUUUUAUUCGCGAUGACUUUAUUUCGCGAUUUACCACAAGUAAUCUAGUUGCAAUGAUUAAUUUUCGUGAUCAAGCCUUAUUUUGGAUCUGUUGUUAAUAGAAAGAGAGACUUUAAGGACCUAUCUGCGGCGAGAAAUAUUCGCGAUGACAAGGCUCCCGCAAACCUCGUGAAAUUUUCUCGCACGCGAAUAAAUGUUGGUUUACAGUAAUUCUCUAUUAUUCCUUUAUGACUUUGUUAAGUUGAAAUGUCUUUAUUGUCCAGUUUUCCCCCUCUAGCUAUGCUAUUACUUAAAAAAUACACCUGUAGAUUUCUUUUAAAAUCAUAAGAGUUAAAGCAACAUUUUAUAUGAGUGAGCAGAGGGUUUAUAAACCUUAAUAGUAGAAUUUGUUGUAUGCACCAAUUGUUAAAAUUUACCAAACUUUUCUUACCCAUUUUUGGCUGACAGUUUAUGCUGUAAAAUAUACAGCAUUUGUUAAUGAUUGGCAGUUCAUAGGGAAGGAAAUAAAAGUCAGACAACCCCCCAUACUGAUUAACAUAGACAUCGAAAGCAGAUUGAAAAGGGAGGUGGGUUUCAAUGCCUAUCUUUGCAAAAUUAAUGGGGGAGGCUAAGCCCCCCCCCCCCGGUUCCGAUACCUAUGUUUAAAGAAAUGUGCACGUGGAAUCGUUGAAUUUAAUGAAUUUUUGAGAAAAAAAAGUUUUAGCUAAGUACUCGGUAUAUGGAUGCUUUUAAUUUUUUGAUUUAUCAAUAUAAAAUGAUAUAUACCCAUAAGUCUGGUUUAUAAAUGAUUGAAUUUUAAAAGAUUUUAAAAUGAUAUGCAUUGUACUUGUUUAACAUUUUUGUGCAAAAAUGAUUUUUAGCUUUUUAAUAAAAUUGCAUCAUUUUGUU